AUGCCUUCCUACGCAGUGCUAGGCGCGACCGGCAACACCGGCCUCAGCCUGCUAACAAUCCUCUCCCAAUCCCCCUCCAACUCAAUCCACGCGUACUGCCGCUCCAAGUCCAAACUCCUACGUCUGCACCCCUCAAGCAGCACCAACGAGAGAAUCAAGAUCUACGAAGGCGCCCUCGAAGACGUGUCCCUAAUCAGCUCGUGCAUCUCCGGCACCCGCGCCGUCUUCCUAGCCGUCGCGCUCUCCGACAACAAGCCCGCCUGCACAAUCGCCCAAGACACCGCUCGCGUCGUUGUCGCUGCGCUGGAGAAGCUCCGCAGGGACGAGCCCAAUGCAAAACUGCCGCGCCUUGUCGUCCUGAGCUCAGCCUCUCUCUCCGCGCAUCUGAGCCGCUCCCUCCCACGCGUCGUGCACUGGCUGCUCCUUGCGUGCGCCUCGCACGUAUACGCGGACCUAGCCAAAGCGGAGACCUACCUGCGCUCCCAGAGUUCCUGGAUCUCGACCACGUUCGUAAAGCCAGGGGGCCUGGUGCACGAUGCGCAGAAGGGCCAUGAGCUGAGCACGGAGCGGCAGGUGACGUUUCUCAGUUUCCUAGAUCUCGCGGCGGGGAUGGUUGAGAUUGCGGAUGCAGAGGGCGAGGGGUGGGAUGGGAGGGAUGUUAGUGUGGUGCCGACGGCGGAAGAUGUGAGGGUUGAGUGGUGGGCGCCGUACUACCUGUUCAGAGGGCUGUUGUUCCAUUUCUUCCCGAGCGCGUAUCCGCUUCUGGGGUCUUAG